AUGAACUCCCCUCGAUUCGAUCGCCGUCGUGAAGACUUCUACUCACUCCCGUCCAGGUCAAGAGAGACUCGUUCGCACAGCUAUAUCAGCCCAGUUCCUCAGAAUCGAGCAACCUUCCUGCCAUCUGUGCCCGGACCUUCUCAGUACGCUCUGAGCGCCGAUUGGAGUGAAAAUCAUCGGUCACAAGGCACGUCUCUGUUGCGCGUAGAGCCAGCGCGAGACUACCGUCCAGCUUCAGCUUCCAACUUAUCACACCCAAUAAAGUCAAAUAUGAGUGCCGUUGCGGUCUCGUUCGAUCCCAGGAUGGAGAUGGGAAUCCCCCGCUCUUCCUUCUCCUGGCCAGGACUUUCCUCGUCGCUCGACUCAGGCUCGGAUCUAUUGGGCCAUGACCUGUCUAGCGUUGACCAUGGUUCGGACCCAAGUCUCUCACCCCCUACUUCGAGAUCUCCGACUUCAAGCCCACCACGACCCAUCUUGACGCCUGAGCAACGCGAAUUGAAGAGACAACGCGACCAAGCCCGAAGAGAUUCCAAGUCUUCACACCGUGCCCAUCGUGCUAUGAGCACUCACUCGUACUCGUCCGCCUCUCAGUCGCCACCUGUCACGAUGUCUGAGUUCUCGACAUCGCCCAUGCCAGUGUACACAACUGCGCCUUCGCAAAUCUCUCUUCUGGCCGAGCCCGUUACGACUAUGAGUGGACAUUCUUACAUUCCAUCUUACUCUGCGUCACCUCUGCCGGAGCAUGGAAACUCUCACAUGUUUUCGCCGCAUUUCUCCUCUUUACCAUCGCACGAUUACAUGAACAUGCAUUAUUCGCACCACGGGUACCCACCACCCCCGUCCGCCCACAGCCUAUCCUCGCAGUACAGCAGCCGGGCCUCUUCCAUGUCCGAGUCCGGAAUGAUGUACCCCGUUCAGGCGCCAAUUCUACCUUCGGGCAACGUGUCCGUACACGACAACGGCCACGUUCGAGUAGUUCAAAGUCGACCCAAGCCCCAGUGUUGGGAACACGGCUGCAACGGGAGACAAUUUUCGACAUUCAGCAACCUGUUGCGACAUCAACGAGAGAAGUCAGGACAAGCAUCCAAGGCUUCAUGCCCCAACUGCGGUGCUGAGUUCACUAGAACGACUGCGCGCAAUGGUCAUCUACUUCACGACAAGUGCAAGGCGCGACGCAAUUCGAACUCCUAA